AUGCCGAUCCCACUCGACAAAAUUCAGGUAGUUGAAGAUGAAAUGGAAAAACUUCAACAUGACGAUCGUCGUCAUCAUGAUGAUCAGCAAAUGACUAUCACACCACCGACGCAAGAUUUCUCUUUUCUAAACAAACCAGCACAAGCCAAACGCACAGUUCAUUACGAUAUCGGACCGAUCGACAGUCAAGAAGAACAACCAUUGAGAUCCAUUCCGAAUGCAGAACAACCGUCAAUUGAUAAUAUUCUUCGUCGACGGUACAUCGCACAUUGGGGCCUACCAGAGUGGCUUGGUGAUAAUCAUUUUCUUUUACAAAAACAUCGACCACCAGCCAAUUCCGUUCGCGAAUGUCUCAUAUCAGUUGCUUCGAUUCAUAGUGAAACAGUUAAUAUUUGGACACACUUGAUCGGUGCAUUAUGCGUAGCGGUGACAUUUACACUCUUUCUCAUUGAAAAUCAUCGUCAAAUGGAUCUGAGUGAUGUCAUAUCAUUCAGUAUUUUCUUCAUAUCAGCGAUCUUAUGCUUAACAUUCUCGACUUUAUUGCAUAUAUUUAUAAAUUAUUCACCAAGCGUUUUAGUCACCGUGUCUAAAUUAGAUUAUAUGGGCAUUAAUAUAUUAAUAUUUGGCUCGAUGGUUCCUGUUCUUCAUUAUUUAUUUUAUUGUUAUUUUCAACUGAAAACUAUCUAUUUAAGUGUACUUCUGGUCCUCUCAAUUGCUUCGAUGAUUGGGACAAGUAGUGCUGCUUGUUCAAAACCGCGUUUUCGUCCAUUUAAAGCAAUUCUAUUUAUUGCACUUGGUCUCUAUGGUGUCGCACCAGCCACCCAUGCUUGUAUUAUUCAUGGGCUACCACGAAUGUUCGAUAUGGGUUUUUUAUAUUUAUGUAUUAUGGCUGUAGCUUAUAUCGGCGGUGGUGUUGCCUAUGCUGUGAGAAUACCAGAACGAUUUUUUCCCGGUCGUUUUGAUAUUGUUGGCCAAAGUCAUCAAAUCUUGCAUGUCGCUGUCAUUGCAGCUGUUUACCUACAUUUCUACGGGAUCUCGUGCCUAUUCCACUAUGUUAUUCGAACAGAGCAAUGUCUAAUGCCAAUUACUUUACAAUUUGGUAUUACAGAUUUAACAAUAUCCUCUUAG